AUGACCAAAUUUCCGACCGGCCAGUCUGCUGAAGCCCUUCGUCUUCGAGGCCUCGAUGCCCAAGUGCGGGAUCAGGAUGACUUGGAACGAGAUAUUGGGCGGGAGGCAGAUCGGCUCUUAUUUGAGCAAGCCCAUCAGCGGGACCAACAGCGACUCGAAAAAUCCAAGACACAAAAGGAGAAACUUCAAAACCAGAUCAAAAAGACACGAGAUGACAUGCUUCGCCCCAUUGGAACUACUCAACGAGCGCGUCUGCGCCUCGAUAUCGAUCGCAUGCAAGGUCAAAUCCAGGAAUUGGACAAUGAUAUUGCUGAGAUUGAGGAAAGAAUGAGAGAACGAGAAGAUACGGCAGGGAUGGCAGGUCAACCCGACGCCGCAGCUACUGGACGCUUACCGAACGAAAGUCAGCGUGACUAUUUGAUCAGGACUGGCAAAAUCACUCCUUUCUCCAAAUUUGGUCUGACAUCGCAUGGAGAAUCUUCGACGACUUUACAGGGAGCCCUUUUUGACGCCGAGGAAGAACCAGAACUCCCUGAUGUCGAGCCUCGCGCAGAAGGUGCAAAGUCCAUGUCCCACCGGAAUCUGAGACAGCCCGGCUUUUCCACUGGCUUCACUGAUUCGAGCGCGGAAGACGAGAUUCAAGCCGACCAACCCCGAAAGCGCAGACGUCUCAUGAAUCAGUUGCCCAUAAAGGACGAAGACUCAUCAUCAUAUGACGAAGGCGACGUCGGAGACCAAUCCGUUUCAGAAUCCGAGGAUGAUCUCGAUGACGAAAUGCCAACUACAUCGGGGAAAAAACCGAGAAAAGGUCGGAAAGCGGCAGCCCAAGUCGAGAAUGAGAUUGAAGACUUCCGUGGCGUUGACGAUGGCAAUGAAACUGUCUAUAAAUCCAGGUUGAAAAAAUGGGCUUUGCGGAGACAGAGAGCCAGAAAAUAUGCAGCGCGGAAUCUGACGGGUGAGGAACAAGAACAGAAUGGAACAAAAGAGGAAGAUUCAGAGAAUGUCGCAGAAGAAGCAUAUCUGCCACAUCCCGAAAUUCCAGACACUCUCUUCGAUGAUGGCUACAAGCUACCCGGAGACAUCUUUCCCAGCCUGUUCGAUUAUCAGAAAACUGGAGUGCAAUGGCUCUAUGAGCUCUACACGCAACAAGUCGGGGGAAUUAUUGGCGAUGAGAUGGGCUUGGGCAAGACAAUCCAGAUCAUCGCUUUUCUGGCCGGCUUGCAUUACAGCAGGAAACUGGAUAAGCCUAUCAUUGUAGUCUGCCCGGCUACGGUUAUGAAACAAUGGGUCAACGAAUUUCACCGCUGGUGGCCACCUUUUCGAGUCACCAUUUUGCAUUCUUCCGGUAGCGGGAUGGUCAAUUUGCGAAACGAAUCCAGCAAAGAAGAUAAGCUACUUGAUCUGGAAUGGGAUCCGACUCAGAGACAGCAACCGCUGACUGGAGCACAGAAGGCUGCUCGAAAGGUCCUACGGCCUAUUCUAGAGCAAGGAGGUGUGCUCGUGACAACUUACUCUGGGCUACAAACUUACGCGCCUCUGUUAAUCCCGGUCGACUGGCAAUAUGCUAUCCUCGACGAAGGACACAAGAUUCGAAAUCCAAACACCGCCAUCACUAUCUACUGCAAAGAGCUACGCACUCCGAACCGAAUCAUUCUUUCUGGAACCCCUAUGCAGAACAAUCUCAUUGAACUGUGGUCUCUCUUCGACUUUGUUUUCCCCAUGCGCUUGGGCACGCUGGUCAAUUUUCGCAAUCAGUUCGAGAUACCGAUUCGACAAGGGGGAUACGCAAAUGCGUCGAAUUUGCAAGUUCAGACUGCUUUCAAAUGUGCAGAAACGCUUAAAGAGGCCAUCAGCCCGUACUUGCUGCAACGCUUCAAGAUCGAUGUUGCCUCAGAUUUACCCAAGAAAAGCGAGCAAGUUUUGUUUUGCAAGUUAACGCAUCUGCAGCGCGAAGAAUACAAGAGAUUCAUCGGCUCGGGUGAGAUGGACGCAAUCAUCAAUGGCAAGCGUCAAGUUCUCUAUGGGGUCGAUAUACUGCGCAAGAUUUGCAACCACCCAGAUCUGACAGAUCACAAACGGUUAUCAAUCAAAGCAGGAUACAACUAUGGCGACCCGUCGAAGUCCGGCAAGAUGCAGGUUGUUGGUUCACUUCUAGAACUAUGGAAGGAAACCGGCCACAAGACACUUUUAUUUGCCCAGCAUCGUAUCAUGCUUGACAUCUUGGAGAAGUAUGUCAGGUCGCUUUCGGGUUUCAAGUACAGACGCAUGGACGGAAACACGCCCAUCCAAUUGCGACAGAGUAUGGUUGAUGAAUUCAACACCGACCCAGACCUCCAUGUUUUCCUCCUGACGACCAAGGUUGGCGGGCUCGGUAUCAAUCUGACGGGUGCCGACAGAGUGAUCAUCUACGACCCUGAUUGGAACCCUUCGACCGACCUGCAAGCUAGAGAAAGGGCCUGGCGAUUAGGGCAGAAGCGCGAGGUAGCCAUAUACCGUCUGAUGACUGCUGGCACCAUUGAAGAGAAGAUCUACCAUCGCCAGAUAUUCAAGCAAUUCUUGACGAACAAGAUUCUCAAGGAUCCAAAACAGCGGCAGACAUUCCACCUGAAUGAUCUGCACGAUCUAUUCAGUCUAGGAAACGAAGGAGAGCCGACCGAAACGAGCAUAUUAUUUCAGGAUGCGCAGGUUAAGCGUCCUUCUAAGUCAGCGAAAGCUCCCGAGGCCACCAGAAUCAAUGCCGAAAAAAAAUCGACGAGCGUCGCAGGGGACACAACGAUUGGCGACCUACCAGGAAUAUCAUCCAUGGAGCAAUUUGCCGGAGAGAUCGAAGAAGAGGAGCAGGCGAACAAGGGCGGCACCAACAAUUCCGAGGACAGGAUGAUGGAAGGCAUCUUUUCGCGCGCCGGUAUUCACUCCGCGGUCGAGCAUGAUACGAUUAUUGACGGAAAAGCUGGAAAGAAGGUCGCAGCUGAUCCGGCUCUGGUUGAACAAGAGGCGCGAAAAGUGGCUGCUGAAGCGGCUAGAGAACUGCGACGUGCAGGUGAAGUUGCUCGCACUGUUCCAAUCGGCACGCCCACUUGGACGGGACAGUUUGGUAUCUCUGGCCGGCCUCAGGAGACAACAGCACAGAGGGCAUUCAGCUCCAAUUCCCGAAACAGAGGUGGUGGGAUUCAGUCGUCUAGUCUCCUGACAAACCUGCAGCAGCGGCAGGGCGGACUUGCACCGAGCCGAGAUGGUACUCCAAGAACAGCCAGUCCUGCUAGAUCCACAGACUCGACAGCUUCGAUUUCCAGAGAUGCAACACCAACCUUGCCUCAAGGCAAGGACUUUGGUAAACUGAUACGUGACUACCUCACCACCCACGGAGGAAGUGUAUACACUCAGAUGCUGAUCGACCAUUUCAAUCGCUUCUGCACUACUCCUCGAGCGACUCUGGAGUUCAAGGAGACCUUGAAGUUGAUCGCCAGGCUGGAGAAGGGGAGCCGGGGUCGUGGGCGAUGGGUGCUCAAGGACGAAUAUAAGAAGUAA